UCGCAAUUUAAAUCCCCUUGUAUCCUAACCUCUUCCAAUUCGGGUUGUCUUUCCAGUGUUGUAGGUUAUGAAAUAAACUAAUAUUGUAUUUCUAUGAAAUAAUUUUGAUAUUGUAGUGCAUCUAAUUAAAACAUUGUUUGCAGACAUAAGUAACCAUGUCAUCCUGGAAAAAAGCAGCAAAAUCAACGCAAAAGACACAUCGUGAAAGGCACCAGCCAGAAUCCAGACAACAUUUGGGUCUCCUAGAAAAGAAAAAAGACUACAUUGCCAGAGCAAGAGAUUCUCAGCGUAAAGAGAAGACAUUGAAGCUUCUUCAAAAACGUGCUUUAAACAAGAACCCAGAUGAAUUCUACUUCCACAUGAUCAAUUCCAAGAUUCAGGAUGGACAACACAGAGAAAAGCGUAAAAACGAUGAUAAUACACCAGAACAGAUAAAAAUGAUGGCAACUCAGGACCUCAAAUAUGUUGCGCACAAGAGAAACAUUGAAGCUAAGAAAAUAGAUAAACUACAGAGUCAAUUACACAUGAUAGAUGUUGCAAAUGAAACUCAGAAUAAACACAUCUUCUUCCUUGAUAAUUCUCAAGAAGUCAGAAACUUUGAUCUUUCUGAAAGACUAGAUACUCAUCCAGCAUUGUUAUCUAGACGCACGAACAGACCAAAGUUAAGCAAAUUAAAGGAGAUGGACAUACCAGAUUUGGAUGAAGCUACAUUGAGCAAGAUUGAGCAGAAGAAGCACAUGUCUUACAAAGAGUUGCAGAAGAGGAUCGACAGAGAACGAGAAUUAACCAUUAUUCAACAGAAAUUGGAGAUGCAAAGGGCUUUGAAAGAUAGGAAAGUUGAGAAACCAAAAUUAGUACGUAAAGGUACAAAGAAUGCUGCUCCUGUGUAUAAAUGGAAAUAUGAAAGGAAACGAUGAUCGAUUAUUUGUAUUUAGAAUGAUUUUAAUAAAUAUUUAUAAAAUGAUA